UUGGGGCGUUGUUGAAAAUCGUAGCACCACUCACUGAAGAUGGGUCUCGAUUUAGAAGGGAAAGCCUCAUCCACCCACUAUAUUCCACCAGACAUCCCCCUUUUCUUUAAUCCCAUUUUAUAUUUUAUAUAUACACAAAAAAACAAAUCUUUCCCCCCCUACCAUAACAUAAAAGGCCAAUGCUUUUAUCUCCUUCAAGAUUGAGCGACUGAAGUUCCCAGCAGCUUUAUACGGUAGUUAUACUAUCAUCUGAUAGGAUAUUUUGUGAAGAUGAGGGGAGGAGGAUUGUGGCAACUUGGACAAUCGAUUACUCGCCGCUUGGUGCAGGCUGACAAGAAGACUAUUGCUCGAAGAUGCUUUGCCUCGGAUGCUGAUCUUAAGAAGACUGCUCUGUAUGACUUCCAUGUUGCCAAUGGAGGCAAAAUGGUGCCGUUUGCUGGUUGGAGUAUGCCAAUUCAGUAUAAGGACUCGAUUAUGGACUCGACGGUGAAUUGCAGGGAGAAUGGCAGCCUCUUUGACGUUGCGCAUAUGUGUGGUCUGAGCCUCAAGGGGAAAGAUUGCAUCCCGUUCCUUGAAAAGCUCGUGAUUGCAGAUGUUGUUGGGCUUGCUCCCGGGACGGGGACUUUAACCGUUUUCACGAACGAGAAGGGAGGUGCGAUCGAUGAUUCCGUGAUCACCAAGGUCACUAACGAUCACAUAUACCUCGUCGUGAAUGCAGGGUGCAGGGACAAGGAUCUUGCGCACAUUGAAGCUCAUAUGAAAGCAUACACGUCGAAAGGCGGGGAUGUUUCGUGGCACAUCCAUGACGAGCGGUCUCUUCUCGCCCUGCAGGGUCCACUUGCUGCCCCGGUCCUUCAACAUCUGACAGCCGAGGAUUUAAGCAAGAUGUACUUCAGUGACUUCAAGAUAUUGAAUAUCAAUGGGGUCUCGUGCUUCCUCACAAGAACAGGGUAUACGGGUGAAGAUGGAUUUGAAAUCUCGGUGCCUUCAGAACACGCAGUUGACCUCGCAAAAGCUAUUCUUGAAAAAUCAGAAGGGAAGGUGCGGUUGACAGGGCUGGGAGCACGAGACAGUCUUCGCCUCGAGGCGGGCUUGUGCUUAUACGGCAAUGACAUGGAGCAGCACACGACGCCAGUGGAAGCGGGGCUCACAUGGGCGAUAGGGAAGAGAAGAAGGGCGGAAGGAGGGUUCCUUGGGGCCGAGGUGAUCCUGAAACAGCUCGAAGAAGGCCCGAAGAUCAGGAGAGUAGGCUUCAUAUCCUCGGGGCCACCAGCAAGGAGUCACAGCGAGAUCCAAGACGGGAAUGGGCAAAACAUCGGGGAAAUCACGAGCGGAGGGUUCAGCCCUUGCCUGAAGAAGAACAUAGCGAUGGGGUACGUGAAAUCCGGGCUGCACAAAGCGGGCACAAACGUGAAGAUCGUGAUCCGAGGGAAGUCCUAUGAGGGAGUUGUUACAAAAAUGCCUUUUGUCCCAACAAAGUACUAUAAGCCAUCUUAAUUUUUCUCUCUUCUCUGUCAUUCAUACACUUUUCAUGUUUUCUCUCCUAACUGUAAAACUGCAGAAAUGCUUCUUUUCUGGAAAUGAACCCACCUGCAGACUUGCUUAUAUCUCCCAAUUAUGUCUCAUUUUAUGUUCAAUGCUUGAUCCAGCA